AUGAAAUCAAUAUUUGGCAGCAUACCUUUUGAAAAAGCUACAAAGUGCAUAAGUCAAAAGGAAACAGAAGUAAGCAGUCUUUUGCAUGUUCAUGUGCAGUUCAUUUUUUCCCAUUCUGACAAACAAAAAGUUUCCACUUAUUUGAUUUUGCAUACCAUCUCGGAUGUUCUUUCCUUGAUCUCAAUUGAGAAUAAAAAGAGAUGUGGAAGUGAUGAAUCAUCUGACGAGAGGUUGAAAAAAAUGGAGAAGCUUCCGAGUUCAACCCACAUAGAUUUGAAAUUGUGGAGAGUGAAGGCUUCAUAUGAAGUUAAAUUAAGUUGGGAAAAGUACAAAAUCCACAAAACUCGUGUAGGAAAAGUUUGGAAUCGUUGA